AUGAAAUCGGUCUAUUUGAUUUUCUUGGUUACCCUUCUCGCCGUAAUUUCUACACCAGCCAAUGCCUCGCCUCUUGAAAAGAGGUGGACUAAUCCUAAGGAUUGUUGUCCUAUUGCUAAAUGUGUGUUUAAAAAAUUUGACAAACCCACGAAAGUGAAUGGGGUUACGUUAGGCAACAACUAUCAUGGCAACACAUUCGACGGUUUUCUAACAUUCGCAGAGUCAUCCAGAAACAAAAAAUUGCAUAUCUCUGGCUGGAUUAAUAUUGAUGGCGUAACCCCCAAUCCCAAUCCCUUCACCCAACCAACACCACCCGCCAAUUCAGUUGAAGGAUUCUAUGAUAUUCACGUGGCCAAAUGCAAUACAGCCAACUCCAAUACCCCCAGCGAUAUUGGUGACAUUGCCACCAUCGACUUGGACUACGAGGGUUUCAGCAAACCAAUCAUCACCUCUAUACCUGAUUCUGAUUUAAACAGAGCCUUUGUAUCAAUCGAGACAAUCAAAGACCAAUGUUGCUUUGUCGUCGAAGAGUAUGCCUCAGUUGGUCCACCACCUUCUGGUACUUCGGGUGCAAAUCCCAAAAAUGAAAGAAUUCUCGGAAUUGCACCAAUAGAAAUUGUCGAACGCUGCGACACCCGUCCUUAA